AACUUUUGCCUUCCCCAUAUUUUCGAGCGGGUGGUCAUACAUGACUCCCACCACCGCAUUCACGCCUUCAAGGACCUCAUCUCUCGCCGCCCGGCGAUACUCACCGUCAUGCAAGAUGUCGUUAUCACCCCCCCAAAUGGCUCGACUAUCUUCGUUGAAGCUGCUUGUCUGAUUACCAGCACUAUGUACAGCAUGCCGAAACUGCGCAUGAUCUCGCUCGAAAGUGUUCGUAUUACGGGGGACCAAGUUACGAAGGAAUUGUGUCGCAAUCUUGCUUCCUUUGCACCAAACCCAGUUGGUUUACACUUUAAUGAGUGCGAAGUUUCUGCAAACAUUGUUGUUGCCAUCGCCUGUGCGUUGCCGAACGUGACUGGCCUGUAUUUGGACAACACCUCUUAUCCUCAGCGGUUGCCUGACUUGACUGAUUCCGACACUCAAACCCUUCUUCCUGACUCUUUGAAUCAGUCUGAAAAUGACGAUUCUCAUACAGAAGCUAGGAGAGCUACUCACCCGUUGCAUAUACACGAUGAUGCCGUUGAAAUGCGAAGGAGAUAUAGUAGUAAACUCAACCUCACGGUCUUCAAGAUGCGAUUCAUUAUCCAUCCAGAGGCGUACCUGGAGAAGAUAGUUCAAUUCUCAACAUCUUUGGACAAAAUAAGCUAUGCAGCGUUUACUGUGGAUUUGGACGAUGCGUCACACAGUCUCGAACCCAUCUCAAAAUUCAUUGGGCGACUCGGUUUGGGUCUGAAUUAUCUGGAUGUUAGACUCAGGCGGCUCUCGCCUUGGUAUUUCUCAGGUCACUGGCACUCCGACCUGAGGUCUACAGGAAUGAAAGUGACAUAUCCACCGUCUACUUGUCGAAAACCACGCGAACUCCUGGUGUACCCCGAGUUGGAUGCACGCGAGAUUGAGCUAGUGAAUCAAAUUGCCGGUAUGCAGUUCAACGGCAUCCAAUUCAAUAUGUGGCCGCCGGACGUAUAUCAUAAUUCAACUUGGACACUUUGGUGUGUUGAAGACGAUCCAGACAUUCCGAGCGACAUCCCUGCGGCAGAAUACUGCAUGUCAUACGGACUCAGUGGGACGCUCUCGCUGGAAGAGGGUCCGACAUUUGACACAAAAUGUGAUGGCCACUUCUGGCGCCGGACGAACGAAAAUGUCUCGCAACUCUAUGGAUAUGCUGGUCGACUUCGUGGUAAUGUCAAGAAUUAGAAGCAUCGUUCGCUCUUCGCGGUUUCGUCUUUAGAUUUGAGAUAAACAAUUAUCUUCUGUGAGCUAAUCCUGUUUCCUGGUAUCCAGAAUCAUAUAUCCUUGUGUCUUGUAGCCCGUAGGUUUUGGCUAGCUUCGAUGAUCAUCGAACACAAUACGUACUUUAUCCUACCAUGGAUUGGAUCCUCCGGUUACGAUUGCACAUUCUCCCAAGCCAGUGACAUGCAGUCUCCUAGAUGCGGAGUAGAGAGACGCAGUUCUCUAGUGACAUGAGAAUGUGACCACUGACAACGAUGCGGAGGCGCUGCAAGUCCAGGCCCUCGCCGCAUUCGGAUUCCUGUGUACAGAACAAGAACUCAGUCAUUUCACUAAAAUUUGUGGCUACGGAGUUACAGGCUAGUUGAAAAAAAAAGAGACCCUGAUCA